UAUUACAAUUAUGUGCAAUACAUCUUUACAUCAGAGGAAUUUUAAUAAUCUAGUGGAACCAUUCUCCUUUUCGACAUUUCAUUUUUUGCGUACCCGAAAUCGUUUAAUGCUGCCACCGAAUGCAGAACCCUCCCCCUACUAUAAUCUACUCAAGGAUGGACCACAAGUAAAUCCCUCGCAAUUGGAUACAAUUUUACAUCACAACUAUGAGACGGCAAAGACACCACCAACAUCACCGAUAUUAGAUGUUAUCGAUAAUUCUACCUUGGAGCAUAUACCUGCCGAAUUGGAGAAUUCGCUGGCUGCAUGUUUGCAACAAAAUGAAACCACAAGUUCCGAAAAAUCUCUAACAAAAACUCAAGAUUCGCCGAGGGAUAAUGGAGCCAACCUUUUACAACAGUCAUCAACAGCAAUUCCCGGCGGCCUUGGCUUACCAAACAUCAAUAUUUUGCCACUACCCGGAUCCACGGGAAGUAUGCAGCCUUCAUUGCCAGCCUUUGAGUACUUAACCCCAGCAGCACGUAAUCUAAGUCCCGUUGAUUUCCCUCUCAUGGAACUGAAUCGUGGCGGUAUAUUUCCAUCCUUCUUACAUCGGCGACCGCGUGGUGAAAAACGCCCAAUACCAGAUGAACAAAAGGAUGACAAAUACUAUGAACGGCGUAAGCGUAAUAAUGAAGCGGCUAAGAAAUCGCGGGAUGCCCGAAAAAUCCGUGAAGAUCGUAUUGCAUUUCGUGCUGCAUUUUUGGAACAGGAAAACUCGCUGCUAAGAGCCCAGGUUAUGGCAAUGCGUGACGAAUUGCAAACAAUGCGUCAAAUAUUGAGUCGUAAUAAUUUGAAUCAAGCAACGUUGGGCGCCGCUGCUGUUGCGGCUGCCUCAGCGGGAAGUACGGGUUUAUUGUAG